AGCUAAUAUCACUGAGGAUAUCCUGCACACACUAUCUAGAGAUGACAUUAGGGAUCUCUUUCCUGGUCCAGAGCACUUUCUUCGACGAAAAGAUGUUUGGCUCAAAAUCCACAUGGAGGACCAUGUGGAUGAGGACCCCUCUGCAAUGGCUAGGUCAUCAACGGCUCCAUGUGAUGUCGUGUCUCCCAGCAAUGCUUUAAAAUUCUCCAGUAUGCAGUAUGUUAUCUUUACUGACAGUGAGCUUGAGCAGGUGAGACGUUCAUAUUUUGAGAAGCAGAGACUUGGAAAAGAACAAGAGGUCACUUUGUCGAAGGAGCUUUACUGCCGCCUCGUCCGAAACACAAUGACAAACAUGAUAGCCAUUGCCUGUGCAUCUCAGGACUCCCGUUAUCCAACAAAACAUAAGGUCACUUCCAUGGCUAAGCGUCUAGUAGAGUAUUACCCAAUGAUAAAGGACAACUCAUCAGACAGUGUGUGGGAAGAUGUGUCUAAGAGACUCAUGAAGAGACUAUCAAACAUUAAAAGUCCUGUCAAAUCCAAAGCCCCACCUGCCAAGAAGCAGCGCCAAGAUGGGGAUGCUGAUGAGAGUCUUAGCUCUACCAUGAGUGAUUGUGAUUCCAGCGCUUCUACAGUCAUCUUGGAAACAUCACUCAGGGCGAGUACCCCGAAAAGGGACAACCAAGUAUCACAACUGGGGGACAGCGAAGAUGAGCCAUACACACUCACAGUUCCUGAGCCUAUGGAUAGAGAAAAGACGCAGGCGCAGCAUCAUCACACACUGCAGAUGAUGUUUAAGUCGAAGAAGCCUAAUAAGGCUGCUGUCUCACAACUGCUUAACCUAGAGUUUUCAGUCCGUAGAAAGUUUAUUGAUUCGGAUACCAUCAGAGAGCAAGAUAGGCCUGGCAAGAUACUUGAGGCCUACCCAUGCUUCCGGGAUCUGGACCAUAUCAUGGAUGAGUUUCGUCGAAUUGUUGAAAAGGACAACAUUGACUUCUUGAAAGACUUGAGAGAAAGAUGGGAUUCGUUCUAUGGUAAGGUCCAAUACUAUGGAGUGGUGAAGCAUGUAAUGAAGGCCCCCCUGACCAUGGACGGCGUUGAACAUGCCAUCGCCGUCUUCACCGCAGCUCUUUCCAUCAAACUCGAAGGCGCGCAGCCAAAUUGAGGCAAUUUUCCACGUUUUAACGCCCUCGGAGAAUCCGGACGCUUUCCUGCGCACACAAGCAUACCCAGUUGUCCUGUUGGGAGAAGAAAACUGCCUUCUCGCCAUUGGAGCAACAACAUUGUGCACGUUUCCACCCAAGAAAUUUCAUGAAACGCUACUUUACCUCAUGGGCUGCUACUAAGUUUUCCACCUACGUUAUCCAAAGACAAUCUGCACACUCCUCUCGGUGAUACAGACUGAAGUGGUCGGGGACAGACUCCAUGAUGGUUAUGUCACCCCUUCCUACAGGAAGGCCAUUGGAGAGUGGAAGGCCUUCUCAGAAUGAAUAGGUGUUAAACUGACACUCUUUCACAUGUUCUAUUCCUCUUUCUAUGUUUCUUUCCCCUUCUUCUCUUUCAUCUCUCUCCCUCCUUUGUUCCCCUACUCUCUGUCUUCCCACCCCCAACUCUCUGUCCCUCUUUCUCCCUCUCUGUCCACUCUCCCUCUUUCUCUAUCUUUCAACUGCUCAGUCUCGCUAUCUCUUUCUAUCUCUGUCCCCUUCCUCUUUCUAUAUUUCUCUGACUCUCUUUCUCCUUCAAUUAUCUCUUCCUCCCCUUUCUCUUCUCUUCUUCCUCACCUCUUUCUACAUCUCUCCCUCCCUUCCUCUCUCUUUACCACUACCAGCCUAAUUAAGCAUCAUGGAGAUUGUUUUAUUGUGGGGUUCUUGUUUAUUUGUUUUUGUUUUUCCUUCAGAAAUACUGUUAAUGUGAAUCUGUUGUGAUGAGAGUUUGCCUGCCCCAACCUGUUCACAUGUUGGUUUAAAAGUGAUCAUUGAUGUACUUUGAUACUCCAAGAUCAUAGUGAAAGUUUGCUUUUUGUGGCAUGUGCGCCCUAAGAGAUGUUACAUGGUUUGUAACCAACUGUGGUAAGAAGUAAAAAAGCCUAAAAUUCAGCUUGUGCACUGCAUUGAUGGUAGCCCAUAUUGUCUCAUUUCAAGAUCAUUUUACUUACCAUGUUCUUCUCAAUACAAGAGGGAAUUUCUGAAUAUAAGCACCACAAGCUAUUUGUACAGGCUAAUAUCAAGCAAAACAUUCUUAUUUACUGUUUUUUGAUUCAAGACUUAUUGUCUACUAUAAGCAAAUGUCCCUUCUUUCCAGCAAUAAAAGCUUGUGAA